CAUUACUUCUGCUGAUGGUCAGACUGCAGCACUGCCUCUUCCCGGGAUUGCAAACUUUCUCCUCCUUCGAAGGCGUCAACAUAAUUCAAACAGAUCAGAUUCACUCCGAAACUCAAGGCAUUGUUUUACAACCUGAAGAAAACGCAUUUAAUUCUUAUUUUUAAUGUAUUUGUUUCAAUUUAUAUCACAGAAACCGUCACACUGAUUCACAAAGGAAAACGUAUUUUAAAUAUUCAUGUGUUUUUUUUUUUUUUUUUUUUUAAUUUAUUUUAUUUUAUAAAUCAUGGUUUUACGCCUAUUUCGUGCUGUCAUCAUGGGACCCCCCGGCUCCGGGAAAGGCACAGUGUCUGAACGGAUUUUAAUCAGGUUUGGAUUGAAACACCUUUCCAGUGGAGACGUUCUAAGGACCAACAUCAAAGAAAAAACAGAAGUAGGGCUGCUGGUCAAGUCUUACAUCGACCAAGGUCAGCUUGUGCCAGAUGAUGUCAUCACUCGGCUAAUCCUUCAUGACCUGAAGGGUCUGGAGCAAUGCAGCUGGCUGCUGGAUGGUUUCCCACGGACAGUGACACAGGCAGAAUGCCUGGACCAAGUUUACCAGGUAGACACUGUGCUAAACUUGAACGUGCCUUUCGAGAUCAUCAAAGAGCGCCUGAGCUCCCGGUGGAUCCAUCCAGGAAGUGGCAGAGUAUACAACACCAACUUCAGCCCUCCCAGAAUUCCUGGUUUAGAUGACGUUACUGGUGAGCCCCUGACACAGCGGAGUGAUGACAAAACGGAGACUGUCACAAGGAGGUUGAAGUCCUACGAGACGCAGACCAGACCAGUCCUUGAGUAUUACAGAAACAAAGGGGUAUUGGAGACCUUCACAGGAACAGAAACCAACAAGAUCUGGCCUCACAUACACACCCUUCUCUGCAGUAAAACCUCAGGUGGUGACCAGAAGGCUGCAGCUGGCAAAGCUUGAAAAAAUAGGCAGCUCUGAAGAAAUAAGAGGGAGGAUUACUCCAUAGUGUGAACAAACACAAAGGGACUGCUCACUGCUUGAGGGAAUAAGAUUCUUUCAUGGGGCCAAGCCCACACCUCUGUGUUGGCUGAAACUAGAACUGACUCAUUGUUUUCUGUUAAUUUCCCUUUUAAAGUGGG